UCGUGUCGAGCUAUUUCCAUUCCCUUUCCCAAACACCUCACAGGCUCAGAACAAGAAUGCUUGCCACUUGGACCCCAGACCAAGAACUCAACCAAGUGAGGCUCAGGUCUGGUUCAGACAUGAGGAGGAAGCUCAAGUGGUAUGAUCUGGUAGCUCUUGGUGUAGGAGGAAUGCUUGGUGUUGGAGUCUUCGUUACAACUGGUCCUGUGGCGCUCCAUCACUCUGGUUCCUCUGUCUUCAUAUCGUAUAUCAUAGCCGGAAUAUCAGCCCUUCUCUCCUCUUUUUGUUAUACUGAAUUUUCAGUUCAAGUCCCAGUUGCAGGAGGAGCUUUCAGUUAUUUAAGAUUAACAUUUGGAGAAUUUGUGGGCUAUUUUGCUGGGGCAAACAUACUGAUGGAGUAUGUGUUAUCCAACGCUGCAGUGGCAAGGAAUUUUACAGAGUAUUUGAGCUAUGCGUUUGGGAAAAAUGAUUCAAAUGUGUGGAGAGUGGAAGUUCAUGAAUUGCCGAAGGACUAUAACAUGUUGGAUUUUCCAGCAGUGGCUAUUGUUCUUCUUCUCACUCUAUGCUUGUGUCAUAGUACCAAAGAAAGCUCCAUAUUGAACCUCAUUAUGACAGUCUUCCAUGUGAUUUUCUUUGGAUUCAUCAUAGUCUCUGGUUUCUAUAAUGGAAGUGCAGAGAACCUGGUAAGUCCAAAAGGACUAGCUCCUUUUGGUGUUCGAGGUGUUCUUGAUGGAGCAGCUAUCGUCUACUUCAGCUACAUAGGCUAUGACUCAGCUUCAACCAUGGCCGAAGAGAUAAAAAACCCUUCUAAGAGCCUUCCAAUCGGCAUUAUUGGCUCAGUUCUUAUAACAACAGUGAUUUAUUGCCUAAUGGCUUUGUCACUGUGCGCCAUGGUUCCUUACAACCAGAUUUCAGAGAAAGCAUCAUUUUCUGGGGCUUUCCUUAAGAUUGGUUGGAACUGGGCAAGCAACCUUGUAGGAGGAGGUGCUAGUUUGGGAAUAGUGGCUUCUCUACUGGUAGCCAUGCUAGGUCAAGCCAGGUACCUUUGUGUUCUUGGAAGGGCUAGGCUGGUCCCAUCCUGGUUAGCUAAAGUGCACCCUUCAACUGGCACUCCAUUGAAUGCCACACUCUUUCUGGGACUAUGCACAGCAUCUAUAGCACUGUUCACGGAGCUGGACAUAAUAGUUGAGAUGGUGAGCAUAGGCACUCUGUUAGUGUUCUACUUGGUGGCCAAUGCUCUUAUAUAUCGCAGAUACGCAAUUAUUAGCCAUGCCCCGCCACUUAUGACUCUCUUGUUCCUCUUCCUACUCUCUGCAACUUCACUUGGCUUCUCCAUUUCUUGGAAGUUCAAGCAGCAAUGGUGGGGUCUUCCUCUGUUUGGUGGCUUCAUGUUUACCAUCACAGGCUUCUUCCAGUACACAGUGCCUUAUCUUCCCCAACCUGACUGGUCUGUGCCGUUCAUGCCGUGGCCUGCUGCUAUCUCCAUCUUUCUCAACAUUUUCCUCAUGACAACACUGAAAGUCCUCUCCUUCCAACGGUUUGCUAUAUGGUCUUGCCUCAUUACAAUCUUCUAUGUGCUCUAUGGGGUUCACUCCACUUAUCAAGCAGAAGAGACUGAGAUGGGUGCUAACGAACCAGGCACAAACAUUUUACAAUCAAAGGUAGAAUUGCAAGUGCUUUAGCUGAAGUAAAUAAAAGAGAAGUGUAUCUAAACUAGUUGACUAGAGCAGAAUGUAAAAGAAUGGAUUUUCAUCUUACUUAGUUGUAUCGCUGUCCUACGACGAGGAAAACUCUUCAGGGAUUAAUUCAAAGUAGUGGGAAAGACGAUUGAGGUCGAAUUUUGGAACAAGGAAGGCAAUGAAGGGGACAAAUUUUGAGUGCUGAUGUGAAAAUGAAAUGGGAAAAGUGGGUUUUGUAGUUGUCUUUAAG